AUGAAACUAGUUCACGUAGCCCUGCUCUAUCUCGGCUCCGUGACCUUCUUCGGGGUGGAUGCUGCAAGGGUGGACGUAGCGACAGAGUUCAAAAGAAAAUGGACGAAAUGGGCACUAAGCCGAGCCAAGAGGGACGUGAAGCCUGCGGGCUUGCUCCGAGGGCUGGGGGCAGCCGCCGACAUGCUGCCUCUCAUCCGCACCCAGGACGUGAAGGAGGAUUCCCGAGUCUCGCCUCCCAGCAACCGGGAAGAUGCUCACAUCCGCGUCAAGCGCUACCGCCAGAGCAUUAACAGAUUCCCCCACUUCCAAACAAAGGCGUGCCGCUUCGGGACGUGCACGGUGCAUUGGCUGGUCGACGAGCUCCACAGGGCGGCCGUCAACGACAGGAACGAUGCCGCCCCCCCAAACAAGAUCAGCCCCCAGGGCUACGGCCGCCGGCGGCGUUCCCUGCCCGAGCCCCGCAGCCCAGCGCGCUCCCCCAGCUCCGGGCGGCGCCCACGGACGCGCCGGGCGCUGCCCCUCGCCGCCUUCCUCGGAGUCUGA